AUGCAGCAUCCUCUCCAACCUCAUUUUGCGCUCACCAAGGCUUGGGUGCAACGGACAGGUGGAGGCGCGCUUGAGUCCGUUGCAGCCAAAAAGUCCAUUUUGGAAUUUUCGAAUUUCCUCGCGCUCACCAAGGGUCCGUCGCGCACUGGGCCAGUCUCCAUUUUGGUCCGUCGCUCCUUUUUCGAAUUUCGCGUGGAUUUUCCGUUGGCGGGCGCGGACGGUCCGUCGCAAACGGGCUACGGACACGGCGUAGCGCUAGGCAUUGCUAGCCUCAUUGCGCUGGGCACGGCAGCUAGGACGCUACUCUGGUAG